CCUUCCUCCAUGUAGGAGGGAUACCCCAACAAGAUGUGAGCAUUAAUUAUGUGAUAUGAUGCAAGCAAGAUUUGAGAAACCUGGCCAGAAGGGGAAUGCUUUUGUCUCAAGAUUGUAGGAUUUGACACACAUUUAUUUCGAGAGUACCGACCAAAUGAGUCCAAGGAAUCGUAUAACUGGUUGACAAAAUACGUCUCCAUAGACCAGAGGGGAAGCUAAAAUAAUGUUACGCUUGGAACUUAAAACGCUGAAAAAGAGCGCCAGCUGGCACUGCAUAAACACAAUGCAAAGUGACCUGAAUGUCCCGCUAGGAGACCACCCUAGGCUGGCAUCUCAAUUGCUCCGGAAGGGGGCCGAAUGGUGGAAAUGCGUCGACUGCGAUCUGCAGACGUCAAAACUUUGGACGUGGGCCUACUAUGAUUGGGCCUUCAAGAAAGAGUAUCUACCAACCCGCUUCUCGGAAUAGAAGCGUACAGAGUUCAUGGAACUACAACAAGGGAGCAUGGCCCUUGCCGAACUAAAACAGAAGAUUGAGCAUCUCGUUCAGUUUGCACCUACGCUGCAUAUUCUCUACAACAUAGUUGUGUAACACCCCAAUCCGUAUAACCCGGAAUUACACGAAUUAAGGUGAAACAAGAGUUAAAUAAAAAUUUCGCUUGACAUUUGAAAAUGACAAUUACUUAUAAAUAUUAAAUUUACAGACUCUGGAUCGCGACCCAUUUAAAAAAAUAUUUUCAGAGUAAUGCGGAAGUACAAUAAUAAUCAAAUCAUGACACAUUUAAAAAUCUGAUGAUCAACAUUUGCCUGCCAUCCUUGCAUCUCCUCUGACUCAAUGCCCUCCGGGAAAGGUUCCAUCAUUGUCUUCUUGUUACCUACGUGUAGUCAACGAAAAAUACAAACUACACGUUCAGCAAAACGGCUGAGUGGUACCACGCUAGAAUUGUAGAAUGAUUCAUAGACAUAUACAUAUACAUAUAUAUACGUCCACAAAAUGUAUAAAAAUAUUCAUGAUAUGGCACAUUAUAUCAUAUGUUCAAUUUGAUGAUUUAUGAUGGUGGAUAUUUAAUGAUGAUUACCUGAUGGCAUAUUUAAUCAAUAUAAUUAUUCUUGAUGAUGAUUACAUGACACUUAUGUAAUCAAUAUAAUUGUUCUUG